CAGUGUGGAGCUGUGUGCUGGAGCCAUGGCUGAUGCGGACCCGAGUUCCUUCGCGGCUUCUGAUGCCUGCCGCACUCACCAUCUCUACUUGCGCUGCCGCGUGGACUUCGAAAGCCGAUCGCUGCGGGGCACGGCGGCCCUCACCGUGCGGUCGGAAAGGGACAACCUGAGUUCCCUGGUUUUGGACACCAAAGACCUAACAAUUCAGAAAGUGGUUGUUAACAAUCAAGUGGCUCAGUUUGUUCUUGGACCACAACACAGCUUCAAAGGAGCACCACUUGAAAUCACAUUACCAUUCCCCUUGAGGAAGGGCCAAGAUGUAGUUGUGGAGGUCUCUUUUGAAACUUCUCCAAGGUCUUCAGCACUUCAGUGGUUCACUCCAGAGCAGACAUCAGGGAAAAGACAUCCAUUUCUUUUUAGUCAGUGCCAGGCUACUCAUUGCAGAGCUCUACUCCCCUGCCAAGAUACGCCCUCUGUGAAGUUAACAUAUUAUGCGGAGGUAAGUACUAGACUGCUCAGUUCUGUAAGGGUACUUUGGAGAGCAAAGGAUUUGAUUAAUAACCUUGGAAGCACAAAUGAAGUGACAAAUUUGAUCCCUAAUCUGAAGGAGUUAAACCCUGAUGUUGCAUAUUCUUCUGUUCCAUAUGAGAAAGGCUUUGCUUUAUUGCUUCAUCUGGAGCAGCUGCUUGGUGGACCAGAUGUCUUCAUUGGCUUCUUGAGAGCAUACAUCCAACAGUUUGCAUACAAGAGUAUAGUGACUGAAGACUGGAAGAAUUUCCUCUACUCCUAUUUCAAGGAUAAGGUUAAUGUUCUUAACAAAGUUGACUGGAAUGCAUGGAUGCAUACUCCUGGUAUGCCACCAGUAAAACCUGAAUAUGAUACUACAUUGUCAAAUACCUGUGUUGCCUUGAGCCAAAGAUGGAUCAAAGCUGGUGACAGAUCAUUAUCCAAUGUAAAUACAGAUACAGAUAUAAAGAACCGGAACAGUCACUUCAUCAUUGAAGUGAUGACCAAGAAUCCUCUUCCAGUGAGCCACGUGAGUCGAAUGCAGGAAAUCUAUGACUUCAAUGCAACAAACAAUUCCGAAAUCAGAUUCAGAUGGCUCCGCCUCUGCAUUCAAGCCAAGUGGGAAGCUGCCAUCCCUCUAGCUCUAAAGAUGGCUACUGAACAAGGCCGCAUGAAAUUUACUCGUCCAUUAUUCAAGGAUCUCUAUAAAUUUGAAAAAUCACGUGACCAAGCCAUCAGUGCCUUCCAGCUGCACAAAAUAUCUAUGCAUCCAGUGACUGCAAUGUUGGUAUCCAAAGAUCUGGGCCUGGAGGGACAAACAGCCUAACUUCUGCAGAGUUCAUGGUGCUGACCUUGUAUAAGAGAAUUUUGCUAUUCCUCUUCACUCUCUUGCCAAAACAUACAAAUAAAAUCAUGGUAGAUCUCAUUUGAUUUCUUUACAUUGUCUUCUGAACCUGGAACAAAAAAGCUCUUCUACGUUUUCUAGAGCUUUGCAUUUCUGCUACAUACAUGUUAUGCAAAACUGGAAAAAAAAAACCUAUAUUUUUCUACACUUCGCUACAUUAGUUCUACUUUUACCACAACAAAUACAGGUACUAGUGGACUUUAUUGAAACUAUGCUCUUUGAGUUCUACCUGCAAUAUCUUUUUAUGUUGGUAUACUUAAUAAUGUAAUCAUUGAUUUCAUCAGAAGAGUGAAAUAAACAAUGAACAGAUAAAACU